AAUCUGUCUUCUAGCUCUAGUUUUCCUGCUUAAACCGUAUAAAGGGAUAGAUCUUUUGGGGCAACGUAAUCAAGCAAGAGAGAAAUUCACAAAACCAAAUAGUUGUACUAUAUAGAAUUAUAGAUGCGGUGACCGAUCGACAAGAUGGCGGGUUUAACGUGGUUGCCAGUCUUGGCAUCCUCACUGUUGAUGAUGGUAUCCCUAUUCCAUUCCUCACAAGCUGCAGGAGUUGCCGUCUACUGGGGUCAAAAUGGCGAUGAAGGAAGCUUGGCCGACACAUGCGCCAGUGGAAACUAUCAGUUCGUGAACCUGGCAUUUCUGACAACCUUUGGCGGUGGAAACACACCAGUAUUGAACUUAGCCGGCCAUUGCAACCCCGGCGCAGGCACCUGCACCUCCUUAAGUGUUGAAAUAAAUGAUUGCCAGAACCAAAACAUCAAAGUGCUGCUUUCCCUUGGAGGUGCGGUUGGAAACCAGAGCCUUACUUCCGCCGACGAUGCAAGGCAAGUCGCCACUUACCUUUGGAACAAUUUCUUGGGCGGUCAAUCACGUUCCCGCCCGCUUGGACAUGCUGUUCUGGACGGUAUAGACUUUGCUAUUGAAAGCGGGACAGGCCUGUAUUGGGACAAUCUGGCCAGGGCGCUCUCUGGAUUCAGCUCGCAGAAAAAGGUGUACUUAUCUGCGGCUCCACAGUGCCCGUUCCCUGAUGCUGAUCUAAGCACGGCUAUCAGCACUGGCCUUUUCGAUUAUGUCUGGAUACAAUUUUACAACAAUGGGCAAUGUCAGUAUUCGACUAAUGCUGAUAACCUGAUAGCGGCAUGGAACCAAUGGACCUCAGUUCAUUCCAAUCAGAUCUUCCUAGGAGUACCAGCAGCUCCAGCGGCUGCGGACGGAGGGUAUAUUCCACCGGAUGCGGUCAUUUCUCAGGUUCUACCAUCCAUCAAGUCCUCUCACAAGUACGCAGGGGUCAUGAUCUGGAACAAAUAUUUUGACAGCGGAUAUAGUUCAGCUAUCAAAGAGCAGGUUGCUGCUUCCAGCCCUUCGAUUGCUCCCGCCUCUGGCUCUCCUUCAUUUUCUGUUGGCCCUUCACGUGCUCCCACCCCUGGCUCUCCUUCAUCACCUGCCGGCCCUCGUAGUGGAAGAAAGAAAUCGAAGAAUUUAAGGGUGAAGUUAUAUGUUGUUGGUGCUGCCAUAGCAACUUCUCUAGCAGCUCUUGCAUUACUUUUCUGGUGUUGCAAAUUGCGAAAGAGAAAAGGCAACCAUCGAAACUUCAUGGGUUCAGAAAUGCCAGAGCUUGAUGACAAUGAAGAUGAUGAAUCACUGUUCUUCAGUUUUACAAGCAUAGAAAUUGCCACAGAUCAUUUUUCUGAGGAAAACAAACUUGGUCAAGGAGGAUUUGGUCCAGUCUACAAGGGCAAACUGGUUAACGGGUUAGAGAUUGCAGUUAAAAGAAUGAAUAGAAUGUCAGGACAUGGAAUUGAACAAUUCAAGAAUGAAGUCAAAGUAAUCUCAAAGCUGCAACAUCGAAACCUUGUUAGACUUUUGGGCUCCUGCAUUGAGAAAGAAGAGCGUUUACUGGUAUACGAGUACUUGCCUAAUAACAGUCUAGAUUCAGUACUUUUUGAUACAGCAAAGCGGAAUAUAUUGGAUUGGAAAAGAAGGUUGAAAAUCAUUGAAGGGGUCGCUCAGGGGCUUUUGUACCUCCACAAGUAUUCUAGAUUAAAGAUCAUCCAUAGAGAUCUGAAAACGAGCAAUGUUUUAUUGGACGCGGACCUGAAUCCCAAAAUUUCAGAUUUUGGAACCGCCAGAAUUUUUGGAGAGAAUGAAAUGCGCGGAAGUACAAUGAACAUUGUGGGGACAUAUGGUUAUAUGUCUCCUGAAUAUGCCAUGGACGGGGUUUACUCCGAGAAGUCUGAUGUAUUUAGCUUUGGAGUCAUGGUUCUUGAGAUCAUUAGUGGAAAGAAGAACACUUCUUUCUAUGAUGCGGAUCGUCACUUGAACUUAAUAGGACAUGUCUGGGAUCUAUGGACAGAAGGAAGAAAUUCAGAAAUCACAGAUUCGUGUUUGGAUGAAACGGUCUCAACAAGGGAAGCACUAAAAUAUGUUCACGUUGGUUUAUUGUGUGUGCAAGAAAAAGCAGCAGAUAGGCCAACAAUGUCGGACGUGGUAUCUAUGCUCCUCAAGGAAUCAAUGGCUCUCGCCACUCCUAAGCGACCAGCUUUUGCUGAAAUUAUGACUCUUAACAAUACCAAGUUGCCUGAAAAUCCAGAAUUUUGUUCUUUGAACGAGGUCACAAUUUCAGAUGUGCAGGGUAGAUGAUUAUUUCUUGGCCAGGCGUAUAUUUUCUUGCAGGGUAGAGAAAGGUGGGAAGCCGGCUGUAUCCUCAAGUUAGGGGUGGCCACCGGAGAUAAUCAGGUCUCAAUUCUUUUGUGGAUUCGUUUGGGAUUUGAAUUUGAUGACUAAUUAUUCAA